AUGCAUCUUUUCGGUAUCUUUUUAUUGCUCAGCUGUGUUUUCGCAACUCAAGCAUGCGGAUCAUUACCAUCACAAACAAUAAAAGGACCACCAGGACCACCGGGACGAAAUGGACGGGAAGGAAGACGAGGGGAACGAGGAGUGGAAGGAGCUGAAGGACCACCAGGAGAACCAGGCCCAGCUGGAGAGCCCGGGCCUAGAGGUCUUCCAGGAGAGCAAGGACCAGUGGGAGAUCAGGGAGACAUGGGUGAUCAAGGACUUCGGGGUUUGAGAGGAAUGGAUGGAGGAAGAAGAGAAAAACCGGUAAAUGCACGAAAUAAUCCGGAACACCAAAGUGGUUUGGAAUCGAUUCAAGAUUGUGUGCAAUUCGCUUAA